ACUCCGGAGAUCGAGACGCAGAGACCUAUGCUAGACAAGCGGCAAGCAGGAGCAAACAGUAUAAGAGCCAGAAUGAGAGGUAAGAGUAGGCCUGUCACAGAAAAGGGGUAUGACCCUUUGCUGCCAACGAAGCAACUGCCAUCAAAUCCCGAUCUACGUAUAACGCGUGUAUGUGCUAUCCAUCAAACAUAUCCAUACUACCCAAUACAUAGCUCGUCCCCCAAAUACGCACCCAUUCAUCGCAUUCAGGCGAUAUUUGAGCGGAACCUUCCUAUUAAGUGAAGCACCUACCUACCCGCCCGAGCAGGUAUGAUCGUACACCUUAAGAAACCGGAGCUCAUCCUUUCAGUUCUAUGAUUAUUCCUAAAGAAGUCACCGCCGACGCCCGCCACCAUACUAGCCAUAGAAUUGCCUUAUGGCAAGCGGUCCUAGUCGCCCGUCGCCGGCAACCAUCUUGUUUCCAAUUGCUGUUACCCCGUGCAACCAAGAAAUCCGAAGAGCAGUUUCCUCAGCACCUGUUCUUUUUACGGACCACCGUUUCUUGCUGGUGAUAAGUCACUCAAACGUCCAUAACUUUGUAAGUCCCCUUAGUUCUAGAUUGAUGCCCUUGCCCUUAUUCUUUCCUCCGAACGACCUCCCGAAAUAACUCUUAACAACCCUGCGUUCACUAAAUUCCAAGGCAAUUUCUAACGUUCCCUGUAAAGAGGCCACUUACCUUACAACGAUGCCUCAAGGGAAUGUCGUCCCGCGCAAUGGGUGCCGCCAGCACGACCGCCCUAUCUGUCCUCUUUGCCUCUUCAAUUGCGAGAGCGCCUCGCCAGAUGAUUUGCCCGAAGUAGCACAAGGUGCUAAAUUAUUCAUUGCGCACCCUUCAAAACUCCUAUUCUCCUGGUCAACCAAGCGUCCAGACUAUCAACUCCUUAAAAUCUUAUCCACCUACCCAGACAGCAGAACCGAGGAUUGCAUCGCGGUGAAUGCUGGUUGGUACCCUCUUCUAGUCCCAAUGUACGAUGAGCAAGUUCAAGGAAUCAAAAUCCGGGACCGAUUUCGAGAUCUACGUUUCGUUAGAUUCAAGGUACCGCCUAGUAGUUCUUAUAGCAACGAGAUGCAUUUAGUGUGUACUUAUUGCAAGAUAUGUCAACUUACAUGGUUGAAACGAGUUGCUUGCCGGGACUAUUACUCUCACCCUUGGCACAAUACCAUACCACCCCGCGAAGCCACCAAGAAUAGUCUGAAUCAACGAUCCUUAGUAGUCAGUAUCGACGGUGCUAUAGCCAAUGGAAAAGGCACCGACAUAGCAGGACGAGGUGUUUACUUCGGUGAGGGGUCUAAGUACAACUAUUCCGGACCAAUAUGUUUGACCUCCGCAAGAAAGGAGGUUGCCGACUUCUACGCGAUCCGACAAGCCCUGGCGAUUGUGAAAGACGAAGUCAUCCCCGACUGGUUCGAGAACCCUAAGCUACACAAGGAAACAGUAUCCCCGAAAAAUCUGCGACUCAUCAUUGCCAGCGAUGUGAAGCCGACCGUCGAAAUAUUCACCACUCAAAUCAAGAAGUGGAUUUAUGUUCCGAAGGAAGGCGCUUACCGUAACAUGAGAAACGAUGUCAUUAAGGAUAGCGACGUCAUCCGAGAUAUCGAGCUACGAAUCGACGCGCUCGCGAACAAUACACCUAGUGUCGAAGUGGUUUGGUACCACGCCAAGAAGAAUUUCACUUUGGGAGCUUCUAAUCUAGCAAAAGCUGCUUAUUAG